AUGAAGUUAGUUGUAUGUAUUAUUAUCGAUCGAGAACUUGAGGCUUUACUUCUUACUGAACAAAAUUCUGAUAGUGGUUAUUGGUUUCCAUUUGAUGAAGUUAAAUCCGGUGAAACACGAAGUCUUGCUGCACAACGAAUAGCGAACAAAAUCAAUCCGUCUGAUUUCGAGUUUGCAUCUGUAUUUAAAAUUCAAUGUGGUGAUAUAUUACCAUGUUUACCAAGUAUACAAACGUAUUAUCUAUUCAGUAAAGAACGAUCAACAUUUGUAAAUAAAUUAAAUUCACCGAGUGUAUUAUGGAUGAAUUUAGAUCAAAUGAAAGUAGCUAUUAAAAAAUAUGAAUUAUUUGGUCUUGAACCAUAUUUUAUAUUAAAAACAAUUCUUGAACAUCAACAAUUACAUGGAUGGGAUGAUUUAAUAAAUGGUAGACAAAUAUUUGAAGAACCAACACUUCAAUAUAUUGAAUGUAAACAACUUGAUAUAAAUAAUCCAGGCAUUGUUUCAUCACAAGAACAAUUAAUAAGUUCAGCUAAAUUUAAUGAUAAAAUUCAAGAACGUAUUUUUAAAGAAUUUUAUUCAUAUACAUUUCCAAGUGAAUAUAUGAAUUUUGAUAGUUUUACUGAAGCAAUGGAUAAUAAAUUAAUUGGAUUAGAAAAAAAUAAAAUACAAUCUUAUUUUCGUGCUUUUGAUGGUCAACAAAAUUGUUAUUUAACUUUUACAGAUUAUUUACUUGGAUUAGCUGCAAUGGAUCCAAAUACUUCACAUGGAGGAACUCCUGCGGAAAUACGUUGUCGAUAUAUUUUUCGUUUUUAUAAUAUUGCAAAUAAUGGAUCUAUGUCUAUAGAAGAAUUUCGAAACCUUCAUACUGAUAUUCAGAAUCUGAAAUCUGGUAAACAAAAUGUUAAUCCACCAUCCUAUAAUGAUAUUGUAUCAUCAUUCAGUGCUUUCAACCUUCAAGAAAAUAAAGAAUUAUUAUUAAGUGACUUUUUGAACUUAGUUGGACAAUUAAAAUAUCGUGGAACAUCUGUUCUAUAUCGUCUUCAUACAAAUACAAAAGAUUUAUUACGAGUGAACAAGCGAUAUAAAAAUAUUACAAUUGAUACUCAAGUUGAACAAACUAAUGAAAAUGCAAACUAUGAAUUAGCUGAUCAUUGUGUAACAUUAAAAAAAUCUGGUAUACUUUAUCAAGUUGAAUCAUUACGUUCGAUGAGUUAUAAUAGUCAAUUUAGUACAACAACAGAAGAAAAAAUAAAAUCUUUACCACGAUCACCAUCAGAUGAAAUGUUCGAUCGCAGAACAAUUGCGACAGAUAUUCAAGAAAUGUUACGAUUUUUUGAAAGACGUGAUCAAUUAAAAGACGCGUUUAUGUGGACAACAAAUUCAGCUAUCAAUUUAGGUCGAUCUGUUGUUAAUUUAUGUCGAGAAGUUCGAGAAAUUAUAAAAUGUGAACCACGUUGUCUUAAAUUAUCAUCUCCAUGUUAUAUUCUUGGUGAUAUUCAUGGAAAUUAUCAAGAUUUAAUUUGUUUUGAAAAAUGUCUAUGGCGUGCAACACCAAUUCUAUCACCAGCAUCAUUUCUUUUUCUUGGUGAUUAUGUUGAUCGUGGUAUUUAUGGAUUAGAAGUUAUUAUUUAUUUAUUAGCAUCAAAAAUGCAAUGUCCAAAAAAAGUUUUGCUUCUUCGAGGAAAUCAUGAAAUUCGAAAAAUUCAACAAAUAUUUAGUUUUUAUAAAGAAUGUCUUGGAAAAUUCGGUGAUAUACUCGGUAAAGAAGUAUGGGAAGCAAUUAAUACAGUAUUCGAUGUUCUUCCAUUAGCUGCAGUAAUUGAUGAUAAAAUUCUUUGUUUACAUGGUGGUAUUCCAAGUCCUAUGACAUGUCCGGAUGAAUUAAUUGCAGCAGUUAAUGAAAUUCCUGUACCAUUAAGUGAACCUGAAAUAGACUCACCUUUAGCUUGGGAAAUAAUGUGGAAUGAUCCACUUUCAAGUGAGACAAAUCAAAAUGCUCCAACAUCAACGGGUAUUACAAAUGGAUUUUUAAAUAAUACAAGAAGAAGUACAGGAUAUUUUUUUACCAAUGAUGCACUUAUGGCAUUUCUCGAGAAAAAUAAUUUCAGUCAUGUUAUACGUGCACAUGAAGUACAACAAGCUGGUUUUAAAGUGCAAUUAAGCGGUCGUUUAUUAACAGUUUUUUCUUCAUCACAUUAUUGCGGUGGUACAAAUGAAGCUGCAACUAUACUUGUUGAUUCAAAUAAAUUACGAUUAAUUAAACUCGAUACAAAAUAA